UAAUGUGUGCACGAUUAUUAACUUUAAAUAUAACCAUGCUGUGUUCCAAUGUUCUUCAAUGAAGUUGGAUUUAUAUAUUUAUUAUUUAAAUUUAUUGAUUCAGUGUCAAAUUAUUAGUCUAUGGUUCGUCAAAGUUUGACUUUUUCUGAAGUUUCUUUUCCCGUGGGGACAUUAUCGUGUUCCGUGAGUUGGAGAGGUUUUUUCACCUUUUAGGUUUUGAAUUUUGAUAUCAUUUUGGGAAUCAACUGAAUUGAGGAAUUUUUGUUGAAGAAGGGGUGUGUGUGUGUGUAUGUGUGGUGUGGUGCCAGGGUUGUUGGUAUAGAAUGCUGAAUUUGGAUUCUCAUUUGCCCAAUUCCAAUGCCAGAGGCAAGCAGAGUUGAUUCUUUUUGUUUGUCCGACUUUGAUCAAUCAAUUGGAAAUCACUUGGAGAAUGCUGUCGAAUUGAGUGGAAAUCCUGUAAAUAACUCACUGAAAGUAAGUAGCCAGACGAUUUCUCCUGGUCCUGUUCACCUUGGCACUUCUGAUAGGUUGCCAAUUUCAGUUGAUAGAAGCUCAUUUAUGUACCUAGAAGACCGACUGAGUUUGCUGGCACAAAAGGUACAAUCAACAAAUCACAUUAUAAUACCAAGUGGUGAUACAGAAAACCAGGAAGGGUCUGCCAUGGCUGAUGCCAGUCCUAGAACUGAUAUUUCUACAGAUGCCGAUACUGAUGAUAAGAAUCAGCGGUUUGAUGGAAGUCAAUCCCUUGCUGCUGUGGCUUCAGACUCAAGUGACAGAUCAAAGGAUAAAACAGAUCAGAAGGUAAUUUAUAUCUCGAAGAAUAAAUCUGCAUUUUAGCACCCCAGAGAUAUAUGUAAUCACAUUGAUCCUCUCAAGAAAUGCACAACAUCUUCGCCUCUAUUUCCAUACAUAUGUUCAAAAUGAC